AUGGCUCCAGACCAUGACAAGAAGCCCAACAUGGUCGAACUCAACGAACACGUAAUGGAGACAACGACCGCCGCAGACACUUCCGCGUUAGGUCACCUCGCCAAUCAAGAAGACCAUGAAGUUGGUAAACUUGCGUCCUUCCGCAAGUAUCCUUGGGCAUGCGCUUGGUCUAUCUACAUGGUGUGGAUAGUCCUGCUGGUCAGUUUCGAGAAUCAAGCAGCUGGCAAUGUCAUCGGUAUCCCAGAGUUCAGGAAGGAUUUCGGACAUCAGUUUACUGCAGACGACGGCACUGUAAGUUAUGUCGUUGAUGCUCAGUGGCAGUCAGCCUUUCAGGGUGCACCCGUAGCUUCUGCUAUCGUGGGUGCCCUUGGAUGUGGGCAACUUGCUGACUGGCUUGGCCGCCGCUUAGUGGUCAUGAUUUGUCUCGCAGUCACUUUCGCCGCUGUCACCAUGGAGUUUGUUGCGACAACAAACGAGCUCUUCUUCGGUGGCAAGUUUUUGAAUGGCUUCGUGGUCGGUGCCCUGGCAUCGGUUACUGUAACAUACAUCGGCGAAGUCGCUCCUUUGAAACUCAGAGGCAUGCUGACCUGCUUGACUGCUCUCUCUUACACCCUCGGGCCACUUACAGUUGCGCUCAUCGUCAACUCCACCGGAGUGUACACCAACCGUUGGGCAUACCGUGCUGUCUUUUGCGCACAGUAUGGGUUUGCUGCCAUAGCUACUGCUUUUGUCUGGUUCAUGCCUGAGUCUCCAUGGUGGCUCGCAUCUAAAGAUCGACAGGCAGACGCACUGAAGGCUCUGAACAGUCUUGGUCAUCGCGGAUACGCAGGGGAACAAAAGCUCGCUCAGAUCAUGACAACUCUACAAGAGGUUAAGCGCGAGACUGAAGGCGCCACAUAA